CCGUCUCACAAUCAUGAACAUCAUUUCAAUGAAUAUUUUACUGCUGGUGUCCGCGUAUUUGACAGAAGGGAAAAUUCAAUCGGAGAGAAAGCAGAAGCGCGGCGUUGAAUUUUUGGGGCCUCCAGGGUUUGAUAAUUUCGGGCUUUUCCCGGGGUACGACUCCCCCUGGGCCCCGGGGACCUUUCUGGGGCCCUGGGUGGGACCAAUAGCAUCCGAUCUUGCUCUGCGACAAGUGCAGACCCAAGCAACUCACGAUAUUGCGCUGCAGGCUCUCAGAGAAUCAUCUCCUGGCACUCCGAGUAUAGCCUAUACUCCUGAAAUUCUCCGGGCAAUUCAGCACGCGAAAUCCGCCAAUGAGAAUGUGCUGAUAGCACAGCAGAGAGUUGCUGAAACCAAACAAGCAACGAUAAUUCAGCAGAAGAUUGCGCUGGCAAAAGAGGCAGCAGCUCGGGUGGCAGCAGAAAGAUCGGAGGCGAUUUCCGCUCACACGCAAUCAGAAGCUAGAGCGAGUGCUCAACAACUCGUUGUUCUCCAACAGAAAUUGGCAUCUUUGAAGGAUGCAGUUGCUGCAGCUCAGAGAGUUGCUGCUGCUCGGGAGGCAGCAGCUGCUGCUGCUAUACAGCGAAAUGCUGCGGAAACAGCAGCAGAACUCCGUAAACAAGAUGUGGACAAGCAAAUCAGUCAGAGUGAACGAGAGGCCAAGAUUCGGGAUAUUGCUGCUGCUAAGCAACAUGCCAUUGCCAAAGCUGUCCAUCAUGCUGCAAUCACCAAACCAGUUCAUCAUCCCUGGGCUUAAUCACCAUCUAUUCAACAGCUACCGGAAAUGUACAAGUGUCCGCUGGUUUGAGUUAUCGUAGAAUAGCGGUGGUGAUGGCUUUCAAUUUAAUUUAAGGAAAUCAAUCACUUGACUCGAUGGUUUUUCGAAUUGAAUACCUGAGGGUGAUUGAUUAGAUGUAUUGUUUGAAUAAAUAAA